AUGUCCUGUUUUAUCAUUUAUCAGUACCACUCGACUGGCUUUAUAAAAGCCUUUACUAAUUCAGCCUUAGCAUUUACUGUGGGUUUUGCAAAUGUGGAACAAGUAAUGAAAAAACUAUAUGUAAAAAAAUUGUAUCUAUGGCCUCGGUUUCAUAAAAUUGUUAAUACUAGCUUGUCAAAAGUUAAACCUGAAGUUUAUGAAUUACAUGUGGAACUAACUUCAAAAAUGAUCAACAUACAAACAAGACUACUAGAUAUUAUGAAUGGUACACUUCAAGAGUUGAAGAGACUUAAUAAAUAUCUCGAUUUGGAAGAAUUGACUGUGGAGAAUGCUGUUGGAAAAAAAUUUCUUAAACAACUACAGCAACAAUUGGAUCCUAUUUGGAACCAACUCUGCCCUAAGAGCAAGACAUUAGUAUCAGACUUGAAAGAUCAACGAUAUCUUUUAACAUGUUUGAUGCAUCAACAUUCUGUAUCUUUUUAUGCCACACUUGCAAAAUUUAAAAUAAUGGAUUAUGUUAAGAAUUGUGGUGGCUGGAUUUUGCUCGACCUUUUUGAACAGCUGGAUAAGAGCGCCAAAGAAAGAGUCUACUCUGAGAAAGAUGUUAUGAAGCCAGAACUGGACCCCAAAUGGUCAGCUUUGACAGAAAUACUCUCAGAAAUUGGUUAUGAUAUUAAUAAAAGCAAGAGUAAGGCUCCAGAGAAAAUUCUUGUACUCACUCAAGAUACUAGAACUUGUGCUCAGUUAAAAAAUUGUUUAACCAUGGGAGCAAAAGAAUAUUUAUUAGUGCAAUAUUUAUAUUUAGUUUUUUAA